CUUAUAACAUUUUGGAUGCUGCGUAUAAAAUAGUACCUACCUAGGUACCUUACGUAAUGGAUGUUAUCUGAUCUCUCCUUCUUGUUUCCACUGUCCCGUCGGGUGCUUCGCACUCUCGUUGGGAUAGACAAUCAACUCCUUCCUCGGCGGCAAGUGCGAUUCGCGAGAUUAACAUGCCCCGACCACAACACCACGGAAGAUUUCAUAUCGACUCCUGUCCCAUUGCCCGCUCAAGCAUGGAAUAGAAAUGUCGUGCGCAUUGCGACUCCCCACUAUUCGUGUGAUUGCAAACCAGGCAAAUGUCGAACUGUCAGCUUCAUCAUCGUUCAACAUCGAUAUCCCUGAUGGCGCACUGCAUAUCGCAACGAUUACAGAUCUCUUCUCGGCAGUGGAAGAUUCUCAUCUUUGGAUUGCUCGGUCCGGUGCUUGCUGCAUGGAAGUUUCUAUUGCGGUGAAUGGGCGUCCGGUCCUGGAGACUUCCCGUCUCAAUAACAUCGCCGGGGUAGUUAGUAGUUGCGAGAUUUGGGAUCGCCUGGGCAUUCAUCUAGAGUAUAAUCGAUCAUGCUCGGUUCAGCCACCUGGACUACUAUCUUUCUCACUCCAGCACCCAAAUCUCUCAUCGGCUCUCGUUGCCCCAGUUUCCGCCUGUACCGCCACAUUUCGAAAUCUAAUGUUGUCGGUCGAUGUACGCAACAUGUCCCAGGAAGAAGAACGGCCUCGAAAGUGUCCAAAGACGAGUGAGCGGCGGAAGAAGAGGGGCAGGCCAAAUAAAAGGGCCGACGGCCGUAUCGAGAGCAAUCUGUUGGACACUCUGGAGCUGGCCGACCAACAAGCUAUUGACAGCUUCAUAUCCAGUCUCAACUCCCCAUGCAAAGACGUGAACGGAAAUGCAUCGCAGACUCUCUACAGGAGGGACAACAUUACGAACAUUAAAGUAUUGGAAGACCUGCAGUCGUCGUCCUUGAUCGACAUCCUCUUCGAGCAGUUGAUGCUGGCGCCAGAGAGAACGUACAGGGGCUAUCAAGUCUGGGGCUGCGGGUUCAGUUACUGCCUCACCGAGCUUGCGCCGGGAGUCUUUCAUAUGCCUUAUCUCAAGAGCGUAUCGGACCGCGCCGAACUACUACCCAUCAUUGCCACAUCCUUAGCAAGCAUGCAGCAUGCCGAAUCUCCAGUGCUCAGACAGCAAGUGGCUGAUCUAGCAUUGGGCUACGAGGCAUUUUCUCACCCUCACAGUGGAACAAAAGGCUCUGUGCUUCUUGUACAUGUCCAGAUGCCUCCAUUGACAAAUAGGAGAAAACUAAAAAGAACGAUAUUCCCGACCCGGGAUGCUCGCAUUUCGGAUCAAACGUCUGUUGUUCCUGAAUUACAGCAGUCAAUUGGAGCGACAGAUGAAAAGGUGCCAGAAUCCGGCGAAUGUGUGCAUCGGAAACGUCAGGGGUGUACAAUGAUGGACGUGAGCUGGGAUAUCAUGGAUGGUUACCUCGACUUUGCGAAGGAUGAGGAGCCCCACGAAGCAAUAACGGAUUCGAGUCUUGAGCUUGUCGAAACGCAUCGGGAUCUAUGGAGCGAUAUUGCAAACAGCCCAACCUCCACAAGUUGGCCAGAGCCAUGGCUUGGUAAAACUGGUUGGGUUGGAACUGGUUUUGACACAAUGGAAUUUAUGAAUGAGAUGCCACUUGAGCAAGCUUGGAUGAGGCAGGAUACUGACUUCACAACAAGACAAGAUACGAUGGCCGACCCAGCAAACUUCUUAAGUCUGGACCACUGGCUAAUCUGCGACAAUCAAAUGCUUCAUGGUUGCAUAGUGAAUGUACCAGAGAAGGACGAUUUGCAGGAUGACGGCCACAAGGACCACCAAGAGGAUGGUGAAAAUAAUAGGUUGGUCGUUGAGGACAGCAACAGCCUCGUCUGUAGCGCCGAUGGAGGAGAACCAGUCGAAUUGACCCAUCGUGGAGGGCAAGUGCGCCAGUCACGUACAGAAUGGGAAUAGAAUAUAAUAUGUUCUUGGAAUGGAAUAGAAUAAAGACAAAUAGAGAUAUCAAGAUAGCUAUGAGAAGAGAAAAAGAGUUAAAGUGGCAGACGGGAGGCGAAGCAAAUCUGGUAAAUGGUCCACAGCGACUGGUGACAACGGUGGAAGACCCCUAACAGUCGCUUGGCUUCCAGGGGUGUUACUGAGACGUUUCACCUUGUAACAAAAGUCGACUGAUGUGAAGGUGGUUCAUGAUUGGCUGUAGCUACUCGAUAUAGUGAAAGUAGGAUAAAAACAAGCGGCUAGUACCUAAAGAAAAGGGGAAACUUUUCAAUCCCACUCAUUGGGCUUCAUAAUGGCGUCACUAAUGUUAACUGAAGAGGAUUGAUGUGGUUGAAAAGUUUUGGUGGCUUCAUGGAACGUUCCGACAUGGAAGGGAUGAGGUUGAUUUAGACAAGCAUUCUCUGCCGCACG